CUCAUAUAGAAGUAACGAAGAAAAUAACGGCAAAACCAGUGGCGAUGUUACUGGUAAUAUAUCCAUAGAGAAAGAACCAAGAAAGCCAAAGAGAAAAGUAGCUGUAUUGGUUGGUUUUUGUGGAACUGGUUAUCAAGGAAUGCAAAUCAAUCGUAAUGCAAAAACUAUCGAAGAAGAUCUCUUUAAAGCUUUUGUAGCUGCUGGUGCGAUAUCCAAAGAUAAUUCUGAUGAUCCAAAGAAGGUACGAGCUCCUAAACAAUCAAUUAAAUGGUUUUUUCAUAUUCCUAAUUUAGUCGAAAAGAUUAAUGAAAACCUUACUGAUCAAAUUCGAGUAUGGGGUAAUAAUUUAUAUACCAUUCGUUCUUUUCAUGCAAAGACAUUGUGCGAUUCUCGCAUCUAUGAAUAUCUCCUUCCAACCUAUGUUUUCAUUCCUCGAGAGAGAGAUCAAAUAGUAAGUUCAAUCGGACAAUUAUUAACUGAUCAAAAUGAUCAGACACAAUUCAUCGAAGCACCUCUUGCCACGGCCGAAGAAAUGAUUGAAAAACGGAAGUAUCGUAUUCCUUCUAAAACACUAAAUUUGGUGAGGCAAGGAUUUAAAGCGUAUGAGGAAACACCACUUUCGCUUAUCCAUAAAACUUUUGGGAAUACUAAGAUCAAUAUUCCCAAAGCUCCAGCUCUAGGGUUAUUACUAGAUCAGCCUGUAUUCAGAUCGUACAAUAAGAAAGCCGUCGAUAAUGACAAAGAGUUGAUUGAAUUUGAUAUUUACAAGGUACAAAAUAAUGUUAAUAUAACCAAUAAACGUGACUACGGAUAUUUGAAUCAUGAAGGUGAGAUACCUGAAUGUGCUAUUGUAAAUCCAAAAGAAAAUUUUAAUAAGGACGCAGAUGAUGAAAAUCAAGAAGAAAACGAUUCAGAUUAA